CGAAGAAAAUGGGGCAGCAGUUCACCAAUGCUGAAGGGGAGCAAGGGGAGAUUGAUGUUGCAGAGCUGCAGGAAUGGUACAAGAAGUUUGUGGUGGAAUGUCCCAGUGGGACCCUCUUCAUGCACGAGUUCAAGAGGUUCUUCGGGGUCCAGGACAACCAGGAAGCAGCAGAGUAUGUGGAGAACAUGUUCAGGGCUUUUGACAAGAAUGGGGACAACACCAUUGAUUUCCUGGAAUAUGUGGCUGCCUUGAACCUGGUUUUGAGGGGGAAGCUGGAGCACAAGCUGAGGUGGACGUUCAAAGUGUAUGACAAGGAUGGGAACGGCUGCAUAGACAAACCUGAGCUGCUGGAAAUCGUUGAGUCCAUCUACAGGCUGAAGAAGGUGUGCUGGUCGGACGUGGAGGACAGGACCCCGCUGCUGACCCCGGAGGAGGUGGUGGACAGGAUAUUCCAGCUGGUGGAUGAGAACGGGGACGGGCAGCUGUCCCUUGACGAGUUCAUUGACGGGGCCAGGAAGGACAAGUGGGUGAUGAAGAUGCUGCAAAUGGAUGUGAACCCCGGGGGAUGGAUCACGGAGCAGAGGAGGAAGAGUGCUUUGUUCUGA